GUGUUUAAUAACAAAAAACGACCACAUUUUAUAUGAAAAAAAAUAUAUCAGAACGAGUCAUCGUUAUUUAUAUUGCAUUAAAAAAAAGUUAAUAAUAAUAAAUCAUCAGACAAGGACAAAACAAGGAAACAGUAACGCAAAAGCUGAAAACAAAAAAAAUAAACAUCAAGCAAACUUCAUAACUUCUCGACACCGGCACGCAUCCCGCAAACACAAAAGCAAAAAAAAUAAUAAUAAAAAAAGGGACACAGAAGAAAAAUUUACUAGUCUACGGUAUUCAUGUAAAAAAUGUGUGCAAUGCGAAAAAGAUUGUUCCAACUACACUAAAAAAAAAAUAAUAAAGAGAACGAGGCAAAAUAUCGCAAAAUCGAUAAUAAUCUAAUUAAGUGUAUCAUUCUCUCCCGUGACUGUUGUCGUCGUCGUCGUUGCUUCGUUUGUGGAUGAAAAGUGGGACAGAAAAAGGCACACAGAUUUUUUUUUAAUAAAAUAAUUACUUUUGAGAAAUAAAUAAAGCGACAGUGAAGAAGGUGUGACUAACGAAAAAAAUUAAAAAAAAAGUUGCCUCGUGCCAUCGGUAAAAAAAAAUAAAUGAAAAGUAAAAGUUGUUUUUCUCUUAAUGAAUAUUAAAUAAACAAUAUUUUAGUGAGAAAAAAUUUUAAGUGAAAGUCAACAGAAGAAGUAGCAGAAUUGCUUUCAAAAUGGAAACUCUCUACACAGGACACAUUCACGGAUUUCCUCCUGCCACGAACGUCUCUUACGGAUAUUCCAAUGCUUGGGGAUCGCAAGGCGGUUUAGUAGCUCUCGGAGUUGUGCUUGGCAGUUCCGUUAGUUUGGUCGGUUUAGCAUUCGCUUUUAUCACAUACAGCUUGUUUUCUGAUUUGCGAUCACUGGCAGGUACAACGCUACUCAGUUUACUCGCAUCAUUGUUUAUGGGGCAGUUAUUGUUCGUGAUUGGAGUUGGCGGAAUACAGGAUCCUGAAUUAUGCCUUUCCUUAUCGUUAGCUCUAUUAUUUAUGAAACUCGCUAGUCUGGGAUGGCUAGUAUGUUGCUGCCAUCAUGCGCUUAGUGUCUUCAGAGCAAAUUCAAAUUUAGUGCCACAACCCGAACCGAAAAUGGGUAAAAUGUUAGCACAUUACAGCCUUUUAUCAUGGGGACUGCCACUCUUGAUGCUCGGCGUUGCGGCGGCAUUCAGAUACAAGGAGCACGAAAUUAAGUUAACGGGAUCGCAAGUUUUGGAUCAGUUGGCGCACGAUGUUGCUACCGGCAGUCAUUGUUGGUUAAUGGAUGGCACUGGUUACGUUUGGGGAUUUCUCGUUCCCGCUGCGGUUCUUUUAUUCGCCGGAUAUUAUCUCGCGGCACAAGCGAAUGGCGCGAUAAAAUUGUCUGCUGGGCUUCAGGUUGAUCUGAAAGUGAAGAAUAAAAUGAUGCGAAAACGCGGAUUGCAGAUUGGACUCUUUGUUAAGUUGUUGAUUGUCUUGACGAUUGUCAUCUUUUUCGGAGCAAUGGCGGCGAUUUAUAACAAGCCUCAGUUAUGGGCUUUGUACAGCGUAGCGCAAGGUGUUCAAGGACUUGCCAUCGCGAUGUUAGUAAGCUGCAAUUGUCGCGUCUUAAAACUUUAUUCGGCGCCACGCAGCAGCAAAUCUCGUCGCGGUCAUUACCGUAGUUUGCGUGAAGGGGAAGGCGGUAGAUACGGUGUUCUCUCGAUCACAAACCCCAAUUACGAGGAUUCGAACAAUAUGUGCGCCAUGACGGGCGACGAGCCAUGUUUAGUCAAAAUGGGCUACACCGAAGACGGAUUUAUUGAACGAAGUGACUUUAUUUCGACAUCGCCAGCGGACAUUCUAACGGGAGAGCUAUCGACAGCGUUGCCUGUCAAAGAAUUGGGACGAUCGGGACCCUCUCCAGCUCCCGUGUAAUUUGUCUGAAACGACGAAAGAACGAUGAACGUUAUUAAUGGUCUAGACAAUAAAUUCACAUAAAAUAUUUAAAAGCAUAAAUAUUUAAAUGUAAGCAAAAAAAAACAUAAAUAUCAAAUUAUAUCUCUCUGCUAAAGUCUAAGCUCCGUAAAUGAAAAUGCAAAACAUCACUUUUUGUAAA